AUGCGAGUUGUCAGAGAGAAGUUGACUUUCGAUGCUUCCUCCGGCGUUGGAGUAAUCUCACUAAACCCAACAUUCUCUGUAGGCUUAGUUUCUCCAUAUUAUCAACAAGCAAGUGACGUCAACAAAAUGUUACAGAAUGAUGUGACAAGAGAACUGUAUCGUGAGUUUAAGCGUCUCCAGAACAGAGCCGUGUAUUGUCUGAGAGAGAAAGACAAAGUACUUGGAGAGGCGAACAUAAAGAGCAAAAGAAUGGAGGAUUCUUUGAUGCAAGCCGUAUUUGAUGUCCAUGCUACGAAGAACAAGGAAAUCGAAGAAGCGAACAGAAAGAACAGAGAGAUGGAGGUUUCUUUGAGGCAAGCCUUAGCGGAUGUUAAAUCUUGGAAAGCAGUUGCGGUUAAUGCGAUUCAACAAAACGCUUUGGGUCAAGAUCAUUCUAAAAGGCUUCAUGAGAAGAGGAAGAGAGAAACCGAAGAGAGGAACGCUUAUAAGAGAUUUGCAGAGGACAAUGAAUCAUCUACUGGUGAGAAUGGAGAUGAUGAUGAUGAUGAUGAAGACGACUCACCAUGGACCCGGAUGUUUAAACGACGUUGUCUUUGA